AGCUCGGAACACUGGGGAGAUCACAGUUUUGGUGUCAUGUGACAGGAGGAGUGCAGAGUUUACUUUACUGUGCCAGGGGAUCAGCACUGUUAUAGCUUUAAAUAUUAUGCUGAUUUGACCAUGCAUGUGACUAAAGACUCUGUAUGCCGGUUAUUUUAAUGAGCUUCCCUUCUGUUAGGACCUGUUCGGACUGCAUAUGGAGUGCACGGGUUCAAACACGGUCAACUUACCCCUUUAUGCGUCUCCGCUUGUGGGGGAAAUUACCUUCGGCUCCGCGUGGGAAGAAAACACAGACAGAGUAAGUUGCAUUUCUCAGAUUGGGAAGUCACUGCCAACUGACAGCGAGAUGCCUCACGUGUCACGUGUCGCCCCUGUGACGUCACCCACGUCCGCUUCCCAGCGCGUGAAUCUGCCCGGUGUUAUGGACGCAGAGGGGAGAGUGGACGAGACCAGACUGCGGAUGUACAUAUUUAAAAAUGGUGGUGUUAACCCGGAAGAGCGAGGCCUGGUAUGGCGCUUCUUGUUUGGAAUGUAUCCUUGUAGCUCUACAACUCUGGAGCGCACCCUGCUGCUGGAAGAGAUGUCAGUACGUUACCAUGUUAUGAAGAAGAAGUGGCAACAUCUGCUUCCUGGAGCUGUUCGUCUGUGCCUUAAUGGCACUGAUGCUGAGCUGGUGGCAGCAGUUCAGUAUUUUGAGAAGAGACAAGAGAGAGUAAGAGAAACACAUCAGUACCAGUACAAGUCGAAAGAGGUCAAAGAAAGAAUUUCCUUCCUAGAGCUUCAGGCACAGGUCCUGUUUGAACGGGUGACUUUUGACCUGGAAGAACUUCAAGAGGCAAUACGCAUCAUUGACAAAGAUGUUCCGAGAACUGAUAGAGUUCUGGCCUACUACACGGAUGAAGGCCUGGGUAAUCUUCUGGUGCUGAGAGAUAUUCUGAUCACAUAUGCUGCUUUCCACCCAGAUGUCAGUUAUGCCCAGGGUAUGAAUGAUCUGUGCAGUCGGUUCCUGGAGGUCCUAGACUCAGAGGUGGACACAUACUGGAGCUUUUGCUGUUAUAUGGAAAAAUUUUCGCGAGACUUCUGUGCUGAUGGACUGUAUCGUAAAAUUGAAUUAGAGGCAGCUCUGCUAAAGGAGUUGGACCCUCAUCUUCAUGCUCAUCUUGUAACCGACAAUACAGACAGACUGACAUUCUGUCACAGGUGGCUGCUGCUGGGUUUCCAGCGCGAGUUUGAACAUGGUGAUGCUCUCCGGUUGUUUGAGAUUCUCAGUUGUGAUCAUCUGGAGCUAAUUUCCCAGCAGGUGGAUCGGGCACUCUAUCAGGAGAGACUGGCCUACAAACACAGACUUUAUGAUGAACCGGUAACAGAACCUCCAUCUGUUAACAGAGAGUUCACAUUUGAACUCUUCAUCUGUGCCACCAUUCUGCUGGAGAACAGAGAUUCACUGCUCAGCUGCAGAAAUGAGGUCCAGCUAUUGCAAUUCACAAACAGCCUGCAGGGGACUCUGGAUUUGAACAGCAGUCUGAAGAAAGCUGAGGAGCUUUUCUACAACUAUUGUAAACGUUCAGCCAAGGAUUGUCUCAGUGAUCGCUACCAAAAACACAAGAGCAAAGAGGAGCCUUUCCUGUACCUGCUGCGCAACCUGUUCUCCUGAGCUAAAGACUUUCUGGAUAUUUCUGGAUGAUAUGUCUAAAUUCAGAUGACUGAUAAGUAAAAGGUUGUUUUUUAUGUUUUAUCAUAUUCUGGGCAAUUCUGAGGAAAGAAGUUUGUUGUACUCCACAAAAAAUGUUCACAUGGCUUUAGACUAAUUAGAAUAAUGCUGCUUACAUAACUGACUGGUUUAUGGAGAUGCUGAUUGUUCAUGUUUUCUGUACUAUAAGGAAUAUUUAAAUGAACAGCUCAUUUUCUUGUUGAAAAUGUGUAUGCAUUAGUCCAAAAAAGUGACCCCUAAUCCCUGUCCUGGUUAGUCCCCAGAAUUAAAUGAACACAUACAGUUAAUUUAACACUGGAAUUUAACUGUGACUAGCAGAGCAUUCAGUAUGCUCUAACACAUUACACAUUAGGGCACACAAAACAAAAAAGACUUUUAUGGUCCAAACACUAAAGACCUGGUGUGUAUAAUGUAAGAAAAAUAAUUUGUGAUUACAAAUAUUCUGUUAUUAAGGUUUGUAUUUUACAAAUUGUUAACUAGCUAUUUAAAGUUGUCAGUGAAAUCUAAUUAAAUGGAGCAUUUGAUCAGUUUCUAGAUAGGGGACUACUGGACAAAAUCACACUAACCUGGAUAAACUUUGGAUAAACUUUUUACAUUUAUUUAUUUAUUUAUUUAUUUGUUACUAAAAUAGCACAGAGUUUAAUAUAAAUUUGAAUAGCAAAAUUUUAAUAUUCAAUUGAUUAAUGAAAAAUCUUUUUUAAAAAUAAGGUCAUGUUGAGUGUUACUCUUGUAAAGGCAUUUUGUUUUCUUUAUUAUCGUAUACUGCGUAUAACAGUAAUUUUAAAAACAGAUGUCUGUAUUACUAUAAAAAAUGUCAUAUGAUAUAUGAUCAUGUCCAUAUAUGCUGCUGAUUAAUAGAACAUCCAUUGCUAAAUAUAAAAUGUAUUCUAUUUGUUUUAUGAUUGUUUUGAAGAAUAUAUGCUAUACAGAUUUGAUGUGAAGGUUUUUGCCAGACCCCUCUGGCUAUAUUAGAGUUUGGUACUGAAAAUAUACAGCUGCUUGACUUCUAAGUUAGAUUAGAUCAGUAUCCAAUAAUAGAAACAUUUGUACAUUGAGCUGAUGUUGUACUCAUGUGUAAGUUGACCACUGCACUGCUCCUUCUAGAAAAGCCUCUGUGACGAAUCACAGUCAAUAGUUAGCAAUGCUCAAGUGUCAGUGUGUCAGAAAUGGACACCCACUGGGACUUUGUCUUAUUUUGGAAGGUGUGUCCUGCUAAUGCAAACUACAGCUCAACUUGACAUCAAGGAAAUUGGAAAAUUCUCAAAUGUUCUGGAAGGAUCUUUUUUUAAAAUAAUAUCCAAAACAUACAUUAUUGUACACAAAGGGUUUUUGUGUGACUGUGCUGUUGGUGUUGUGAGGGAAUGGGGAACUAUUUGUGAUUUAUUUUAAGAUUGCUGUGGUUUUCAAGUAACCUUGUGAGUCAUGUGAGUCAAGGAAUCAUUGAACAGAGUCCUCUUAGUGUAAGCUGCUCUGCUUUUCUGUUCUGGAAUUAAUAAACUGUUUGUGUAAUGUAAUAUUUAUUUUA